ACGAGACUCAGUUGUAACAACAGCAGCGGUGACAUAAGAACAAGGCCAAAACAGCGACCUUUUCCCCUUCCGCUAUUGAUUGCCUCAUUUUUUUAAUGAUGGCGCGCAACGUGAAUUCCGAGAUCGGUGCCGAAGUUGAUACAAACAACCGGGAAGCGCCCCUGUUGUCCAGAUAUUUCCGUGGUGUUCAUCGUCCAGCAAUUCGACAGACCCGAAAUUUUCACGACGAAAAUGUUCGCUAUCGCUUCUUGAAGUGGACUGCCUUAUCUGUCAGCACUUUUUUUGUGAUAUGCGGAGUACUUGGUGUAGGGGGGACUAUAUGGGCCUUGUCAAAGACAAAUUACAGUCACCUUACAAGUAGUAGUACUAGUGCUGGAGUCUACAUGCUGAUGAUCUCCGUGGUUUUGUUGCUCUUAUCUGGAGUCGUUGGUUUUGUUGGCGUGUUACGACACAACAAACCCGUUAUGGGCAGCUUUAUCUUUCUACUGUUUGUUUCGCUGGUAUUCCUUUUGAUUGGAGGUAUCUGGACCUAUGUCACUACUACUCAGACCGACCAAAUGUCGUUGGAGCGGGUGGCUAACAUAGUUCGGUUUGACUAUGGAAAAGAUUCUAGUAAAACGGCUCUCCUUGAUAUCGUUCAACAAUCGUUCCGAUGUUGCGGUUCGAGCAGCUUUUUAAGUUGGAUGGUGUCUUCUUACAGUUUGAAUCAGACGGAAAUUAUACCGCGUGAUGAUUCUGGCACCAAACUCACGUUCACCGUACCAAAAUCGUGUUGUAUCGAACCGGCGAGUCAAAACUGCCAAGACCAUCGCCACAUGGGGUCAAACACAACAACCAAUCAGUUUAUUUAUACCAAGGGAUGCGUUCAAAAACUUCAGGCUAGCAAUACUCCUUAUGGAACUUACGCAUUAUGCGUCAGUUUAGCAAUCGCGCUUCUCCAAAUUAUAGGACUUGUCUCCUCAUUUCUCCUUUUCCGGACAUUUCAUUACUUAGACACUCUAUCCUAACUUGGAAAUCUGAGAUUUGGGAUGUUCCGAGACACUAUGUGUGUAAUCUGUAUCCAUAUGUUCCCAUCACAUUCGAAUCACGUGUUCUUUCAUUGUGACCUUCAAGUUAAUUUAAUUUGUUCCGAUGUU